AAUUAUAAGAUCUGUUUUCUCUGUUCUUCCUGUCAGCAGUUCCCUCCCCUGAAAGCUGCUGUGUCCUUCUCAAAUGACACCCUCUCUCUUCUGCACAAGAAUCAGUGCUGAGUGGCAAUCCCAAGAUGGAGACGACGUUAACAGCCAGCGAGAUCCGUCAACGGUUCUUCAACUUCUUUGUGGAGAACCAGCAUACCUAUGUGCAUUCUUCCGCCACCAUCCCCAUGGACGACCCAACCCUGCUCUUUGCCAAUGCUGGGAUGAAUCAGUUCAAACCCAUCUUCCUCAACACGAUCGACCCCUCCCACCCCAUGGCGAAGCUGACACGGGCGGCCAACACGCAGAAGUGCAUUCGGGCGGGUGGGAAGCACAACGACCUGGAUGACGUCGGCAAGGAUGUCUACCAUCACACGUUCUUCGAGAUGCUGGGCUCGUGGUCUUUUGGAGAUUACUUCAAGGAACUGGCUUGCAAAUUUGCCCUGGACCUGCUCACCAGAGAGUUUGGCAUCCCUAUAGAGAGGCUGUAUGUCACAUACUUUGGGGGUAACGAGGCAGCAGGUCUGCAGCCAGACUUAGAUUGUAAACAGAUCUGGCUGGAUCUAGGUCUGGCAGAGAGUAGGAUUCUUCCCGGCAGCAUGAAGGAUAACUUCUGGGAAAUGGGAGAUACGGGGCCGUGUGGACCUUGCAGCGAAAUGCACUAUGAUCGGAUUGGAGACCGGGAUGCUUCACACCUUGUCAAUCAAGACGAUCCCAACGUCCUCGAGAUCUGGAACUUGGUGUUCAUACAAUUCAACAGAGAAGCUGAUGGGACCCUGAAACCUCUCCCCAAGAAGAGCAUAGACACUGGUAUGGGCCUGGAGAGGCUGGUGUCUGUGCUGCAGAACAAGAUGUCCAACUACGAUACGGAUCUCUUUGUGCCUUACUUUGAGGCUAUCCAGAAGGGCACUGGCUGCAGGCCAUACACGGGGCAAGUUGGUGAGGAGGAUGCAGAUGGCAUAGACAUGGCGUACCGGGUCCUGGCUGACCACGCCCGAACCAUCACUGUGGCCCUUUCAGAUGGUGGAAGGCCCGACAACACCGGCAGAGGGUAUGUUCUGAGGCGCAUCCUUCGACGUGCUGUGCGUUAUGCUCAUGAGAAACUCAGUGCUCCCAAAGGGUUCUUUGCCACACUGGUUGACGUGGUGGUACAAUCGCUGGGCGGUGCCUUCCCUGAACUGAAGAAAGACCCGGAGAUGGUGAAAGACAUUAUCAAUGACGAGGAGGUUCAGUUCUUGAAGACGCUCAAUAGAGGCCGCCGCAUCCUCGACAGGAAGAUUCAGAGCUUGGGGGACAGCAAGGUUAUUCCUGGAGACACUGCCUGGCUGCUGUACGACACCUACGGUUUCCCUGUGGAUCUCACCGGGCUCAUUGCGGAAGAGAAGGGCCUGAAAGUUGACAUGGAGGGCUUUGAGGAGGAAAGGAAGACUGCUCAGCUCAAGUCCCAGGGCAAGGGGGGCGGCGAUGAAGAUUUCAUCAUGCUGGACAUCUACGCCAUCGAAGAGCUCCGCUCCAGGGGGUUGGAGGCCACAGACGACUCCCUGAAGUACAGCUACUCGUCGGAUCCCAGUGGCACCUAUGAGUUUGACAGCCCUGUGGCCACGGUGAAAGCCCUCCGCCGGGAGAAGACAUUUGUGGAGGAAGUGUCUACAGGCCAAGAGUGUGGGGUCGUCCUGGACCAGACCUGCUUCUAUGCUGAGCAGGGAGGGCAGAUCUAUGAUGAAGGCUACCUUGUCAAGGAGGAUGAAGGCAGUGAGGAUAAGACGGAGUUUACCGUGAAAAAUGUGCAGGUGCGUGGAGGUUACGUGCUUCACGUGGGCACAGUCUACGGGAGCCUGAAAGUGGGAGAUACUGUCCGGCUGUAUGUUGAUGAGCCAAGGCGGAGGCCCAUCAUGAGCAACCACACAGCCACCCACAUCCUCAACUUUGCUCUGCGCUCUGUGCUGGGGGAGGCCGACCAGCGGGGCUCCUUGGUUGCACCAGACAGGCUGCGGUUUGACUUCACUGCCAAGGGAGCCAUGUCGACUCAGGAAAUCAAGAAGGCGGAAGCGAUCGCUAAUCGAAUGAUUCAGGAAGCGAAGGUUGUGUAUGCCAAGGACUGCCCCCUGGCUGCGGCCAAAGCCAUCCAGGGCCUGAGAGCGGUGUUUGACGAGACAUAUCCCGACCCCGUCCGUGUUGUCUCGAUCGGCAUACCCAUCGAGGACAUGGUGGCUGAUCCCUCCAGCGCUGCUGGCGCCGUCACAUCCGUCGAGUUCUGCGGGGGAACGCACUUGCAGAACUCCAGCCACGCCGGCCACUUCGUCAUUGUGUCGGAGGAAGCUAUUGCAAAGGGCAUCCGGAGGAUAGUGGCUGUCACUGGAGCAGAAGCACAGAAGGCACUGAGGAAAGUUGACAGCCUUCAGAAGCUGCUGGCUGACCUGGAAGCCAAAGUGACGGUCCAGACUGCUCCCAACAAAGACGUCCAGCGUGAGAUCGCAGACCUUGGAGAGUCUCUGGCCACCGCCAUCAUCCCCCAGUGGCAGAAAGAUGAACUAAGAGAGGCCCUGAAAGCACUGAAGAAGAUUAUGGACGAUCUAGAUCGUGCUAGCAAAGCCGACAUCCAGAAACGAGUUUUGGACAAGACGAAGCAGCUGAUUGAGGCUCACCCCAACCAGCCACUGGUCAUCCUUGAAAUGGAAAGCGGUGCUUCUGCUAAGGCGCUGAAUGAAUCCUUAAAGCUCUUGAAGACCCAUUCCCCCGAGACCUCCGCCAUGCUUUUCACAGUGGAUAAUGAAGCUGGCAAGAUCACCUGCUUAUGCCAGGUCCCCCAGGAUGUUGCCGGCAAAGGGCUAAAGGCUAGCGAAUGGGUGCAACAGGUGUCGGGGCUGAUGGAUGGCAAAGGCGGCGGGAAAGACCUCUCCGCCCAGGCGACGGGCAAGAACACCGGCUGCCUCGAUGAAGCCCUGAAGGUGGCCACGGACUUUGCCCAGCUGAAGCUGGGCGAGCUGAAGAACUGAAACCGGCCUGGCAGCAAACUCGAGAAAGGAACGCCUUGCUCUGCUUAGCCAAGAGGUUAGGGGCUAGUAGCGUCUCCUGGAGACGAAGACUGCACAGUUCUCCUUCUCAACUCAGCCACUAACCAAGCAAGGGUGCUGUGGGGGUCAGUGGGUGGGCAAUGACCUGAAUGCUAAGAGCCCAAGACUGCACGAGUUCUAAUCCAGCCUCAUGGUAAUAACUGAGCCAUCUCAGGGCGCCUGCUGUCAAUUAAUUGCCCACCUUUUUGCACACAUGCACUAUUCUUAAAUUUCAGUUGAGGUUGUACAGUUUCCAAGGGGCAAACUCUGCGCACAACCCCCCUCCCUCC